UUUGAUUUUCCAUCAAUACCUAAUUAGGGUUCAGAACCGACUUAGUAACCCUAGGACACUGGUCCGUAGCGGCGACAGCGUAGCAGGCAGGCGUAGAAGCUAACGACGGCGGCGUGCACGGCGAGCGACGCCGUCAGAUGCGGCGAGAAUGUCCGAUGGACUGCUCGGCUUCGCUCACCUCAACCACCGACCCAGCGAGUCAGGCUGGCAGUCCGACAGCUCCACGCCUAAAGAGUCAAAGGUCUUCACAACAUGCACAACCGUACUAGGACCGUUACUAGAGGGUUACCCGCCGGACUCGUCCGCGAAGCACGAGGAUGCGGCGAAGCAUUCGUUUAGUCUUAAGAAGCUGUUUGGCGCGAAGUCCGGGAAGUCUAAGGAGGAGGAGGCGAAGGCGCGAGACGCGGAGAUUAAGUUUGUGUUGCAGGCCGCCGCGACGCCGUUAGCUUCGGUUCCGAAGCAAAUAAGUCUGCCUCGACCGACGACCCCCGAACUAACGCAGAACCAACGGACCACGCGAGAUGUCCUAAAGAAGUAUAUCGCUGCGUCCGGCGGGUAUAACUCGCACAUGGCGCAGCAGGGCUCCGUCAUCUCGGGCCACAUCACGCUCUGGGCGUCAGAGGUCGUCAUGGGGGAUAAGACCGUCUAUGCCUCGCCCAACGCGCGGCCGCCACCUGGCGCCGGCGCUGACGUGGCGAAGGGAACUUUCCGGCUGGUUCAGAUGCCGCCCAACACGUGGCACGUGGGCGUGGUUGUGGGGGAUACGAAGAUUGAGGCGACGUGUGACGGCGAGCUGGUGUGGCGGCGGUCUAGCUGGAUGCCCUCGACCACUGCCAAGGGGCCUGUUCGACCACUGCGGCAGUUGCUAGCUGGCCUAGACCCGCCCACGGUGGCGGACGUGUUUGCGUCGGGCGAGUACCAGGGGGACGAGGGCAUGGAGGGCGACGAGUGCAUGUGCAUCAAGGUGAUGGCCAACCCGCUCGCGCUCAUGUCCAUGAGCACAGGAGGCGGCAACGUGGGCGGGCGGCAGCAGGACGUGUGUGACGUGCUGGCGUACCAAGUGGAGGGCUUCUUCAGUAAAGCGUCGGGGCUGCUCAUCGGGCUGCGCGACCAUCAUCUCACCAAGACCAAGACGGCCAGCAACAGCACGAUUUACUGGGAGCGGGUGAUGGUCACCCGAGUGGAGGACUUUCAGCCCAUCGAGGGUGGCAUGAUCAUCCCCCGCCGCGGCCGCUCCGUGCUCUCUGUGGCGAAGCGGUGCGACGACGACACGUCGGGCACGAUUCGCGCAUGGGUGAGAGAAGAGUGGGAGGUGGGGUCGGUGGGGCAAGACGCGUCUGCCAUGCAAGGGUUGCUAACGCGGCCGGCGGAUCUGAUUAUGACAGCGAGCUCCGCGUCAUUGCAUAGAGGCUAAUUACUAGCACGCCUUGUGUGAUACGCACGUGGGUUGGGUGAGAGAAGAAUGGGAGGUGGAUUUGGGUGGGGAGGGCAAGAUGCGGCUGUCGUCGACCGUAAUGGAAGGGAUGCUGCUUCGGCUGUGCAAUAGGUUAUGCAUGGGCUACUAGCUCUGCCUGCACUAUGACUGCAAGCUCUGCUCUGCUGCAUAGAGGUUAAUUAUCGCCAAAGCGUUCUUUGCUUCUAUUGGAUGAAUGUAAAUGAAGGAAGAGGUGUGGCAGGAAGGGGGGGGGAUGAAGGCAUGUCUUCCAAUUUGAUUCAGUUGUAAUGCAGGGGAUGGAAUCGGCAAGAGGUGUAGCUGGUAGGAGCGAAAGACCUGCUAGUAGUAGUGCUACUAAUUGCACUCAGAAUGCUAGUGCAAGCCUUUUUAGUAGCCUAGGGCAAGACUUGCUCUUUUGGGGAGUUGGGAACAUAUGACGUGUAAGAUUGUGCUCUAAGUUCCAUGGAAAAGUCGUGAAUUGUCGUUCU